AAUUUUGUUCUCGAAUCACCACCGCUGUGAAAGUUCAAAAAAAAAAAGGCUUAGACUUGACCUCCGCUCGUCGAUAAUGGCGAACAAUCCAUCGCAGCUUCUUCCAUCAGAGUUGAUCGACAGGUGCAUAGGAUCGAAGAUAUGGGUAAUAAUGAAAGGAGACAAGGAGCUUGUGGGUACUCUCCGAGGGUUCGAUGUUUACGUCAACAUGGUCCUUGAGGAUGUCACCGAGUAUGAGAUUACAUCGGAAGGGAGAAGGAUCACAAAGCUCGAUCAGAUAUUGCUUAACGGCAACAACAUUGCCAUUCUGGUUCCUGGUGGCUCUCCAGAGGCAGAAUGAUAUCGCUAGUGAUGAUCUUUGAUUACUUCUUGUAUUUCUCCUCAAUUGGCUAUGUAAGUGCCAAAAGAGCAGAUCUAGGUUACAUUAUUGUGUGAAUGAUCAAGCAAGUUGCAAGAGAUUGUUUCAUGAUCUAAAGUCAUACAUUGCAAAUCAAUGAAAGCUUCACAUUUAUUAGAUUUAA